AUCAACAAAUAAGUCACUUUAUAUUUGUCCCAUCCAUACUCUUCCAAAUUUUAUUGUACAAACUCUUCUCACAAUUCACAAAAAGUUUCUUCUAUUCCUAAUUUCUUCAUCAACUAUGGCUCCAAAUCUCUCUUCUUUCUUCCUCUCCUUCACCCUUCUCUUCUUUCUCCUCUCCACAAACUCAUCAUCUCAAUCCACUGAUCUUGACCCAAACCAACUCAAAGCUCUCAGAUCACUAAGUGUCCCAACAGGAAAAGACCCCUGCUCUCCUCUUCACAAUUCCACCAUUUGUGACUCUUCAACUCCCUUUCACCAUCUCAUCUCCCUCAAACUCAUAAACUGUUCAAAUGAUGUUACAUUAUCCCAAACAGCUCUCAAAACUCUCUCCACUCUCCAAGAUUUGCAAUUCAUCAACUGCCCUGUUUCUCCUAUUCAUUUCCCUUCUCAACUUUCCUCCAAUCUCCAAUCCUUCACUUGCAUCAACUCCCUCAAGAAACUCACUAGCGUUUGGCUAAUUCAAUUGCGCAAUGUGGUAAGUUUAACAGUGUCACAUGUUCCUGUUUCUGCUAAUGGCCCUUCUAUAAUCUUGAACAGUAUCAAGAGCUUGCAUACUGUUACAAUUUCUCAUGCAAAUCUCAAAGGGGUUGUUCCUACAAAAUGGCAUAUGAAUCUUACUUAUGUUGAUUUAUCUGGGAAUAAACUACAAGGGAAAAUACCAAGUUCUUUAACUGAACUUGAAAAUCUUGUGCAUUUGAAUCUUUCUUCAAAUUCACUCAAUGGGACUAUACCAAAUUCAUUUGGUAACUUACUUUCUUUAAAAAAUGUAUCAUUAGCUUCAAAUGCUCUGUCUGGAAGUAUUCCGAAAUCGGUUGCUGCAAUUCCUGGAUUAGUCCAUCUUGAUGUUGGAUCAAACCAGUUAAAUGGAAGUGUUCCAAAGUUCAUAUCAGAUAUGAAGGGAUUGAAAUACUUGAAUCUUGAGAGGAAUAAUUUCAAGGGGGUUUUGCCAUUCAAUGCUUCUUUCAUCAAGAAGUUGGUUGUGUUUAAAGUGGGAGAAAAUUCAAAUCUUUGCUACAAUCACUCAACAUUGUCUUCAAAACUGAAACUUGGCAUUGCACCUUGUGAUAAACAUGGAUUGCCAUUGUCUCCGCCACCUCCUAAGGAAGAUUUCAGUGAUGAUACCGGCGAUGAUGCCAAGGAUGAUAGUCCACCACCUAAACAUGAACAUGGACCAAGCAGGGUUGUUUUUGGUGUGGCCAUUGGACUUUCAUCUAUUGUGCUUUUGAUUAUUUUCUUGGUUCUAUUGUCCAAAUGCUUUAAAUAAGGAUGAAUGUAAAUUCUUGGUCCAGUUAGGUUAGGCAAAUAUUUGAAAAUUUGUUCUUUAACUGUAUACUUGGAUCUUGAGGGAGAGUAGUUACUCAAUUUGUGUGUGAUUCUAUUA